CUGUGUUCCAUCGAAGUGGAGUUAUGAGUCCCGCCCAGAUGCGCAGACUUAAUGAAGAAUCCGAGUUCGAUGACUCGGGGAUACUAAACGAGCGGAUCCUCCUGCUCGUCUUCGAGUGGAUAAAAUGGGAUUUACAGGUCCUUUGUUUAUUUUCUUCUGUGAACCACAAGCUUCGAGCUAUAGCGAAGCGGAUACUAUGGCGGAAGCUCUGCGUGUAUCGAGCGCCGCGAAUGGUAACGGCAUUGGCAAACGCUGCCCCUAAUGGAAGAAUUGGCGGUGGAUGGGAUUCUCUAGCAAAGCUCAUGUUUUUCUGCUGUGGAUGUGAGUCGACUCGUCAUUUCAAGGUGAGUCGGCCUAAUCCGGGUCAUUUCACCCAAUCUUCUCGGUUUUCCAAAACCUCGGGUCGGAGCUUCUUGGCGAAGAAGUGUCGGGGUGAUUUGUUGUUCAUAAGCGAUCCCUGCGAGCACCCAAUGGGGGUUGAAGAAGAUCAUUUGGGGAUAUACCGAGGGGUAUUUCGGGGAUUCACGAGAUCCAAUAUGAGGGCUUGCAUGAUCAGACGGCAAGUAGCGUUCGACGAGAGGGUGAGGUGCCCUUAUUGCGGGACGCGUGUCUGGAGCAUGACGGCGGCUCGGCUCGUCCCCAAGAGCGCGGCUAAACGGCUCGGCUCGGGCGACCGACAGGUGGAGUAUUUCGUUUGUGUGAACGGGCACUUGCAUGGGGCUUGCUGGCUCGUACCUCUGUCGUCGGAUGAAGAAAUUUGCGACAAUGAUGAUGAUAGUGAAGAUCUGGACGGUGACGAUGAGAUCGGCGGGGACGCGUGUAGCCAUCAGACGGUGACAACCGGAAGCACGAGCUCGUUAGGGGAAGAUAUUAUAGGAGGUGAACCCAUCGAUUAAUUGCUACUAUUUAUUGGUUU